UCAGCAGCUGACAUUCCGUUUCACAGCGAACUGCGAGCCGUACGUCGCCAGAGAGCAAGCUGCGCAUCCUACCCUAGUGCCCGCUGCAACAGGAGAGACGGCGGGGCGAAAACGAGCUGCCGUACCGGCUGGACACACGCUCGAGUGGGAUCAUAUGUCUUAAAGUUCCCGUUAUAUGUGGAGGCAUAGCCUGCGAUCUCGCUGUCAUCGAACUCGAGCAGAGAGAAAAAGAAACCGGCGUCCAUCGGACUUUGGCAACUUUCUGCCGUGGACUGUCGAUGGAUUAACCUGCGCCUGGUGGUGAUGAAGUAGCGGCUACCAACCUCACCCCCUCCCCAGCCCCCUCCCCUCCGGUCCCCUGAGACGCGGAUUCUACCUGACAGUCUGGGGAGCUGUGCGGGACGACAAGAUGACACCGGAGUAUUUGCUCAGGUCUCUUCUGCUGCUCAUUGUCGCUCUCUUCUCCGCGAACGCAAGCAACUGGCUGUACCUCGCAAAGCUCUCGUCUGUCGGCAGCAUCACGGAAGAGGAGACCUGUGAGAAGCUCAAGGGGCUCAUUCAGCGGCAGGUUCAGAUCUGCAAGCGCAACGUGGAGGUGAUGGACUCGGUGCGCCGCGGGGCUCAGCUGGCCAUUGAUGAAUGUCAGUACCAGUUUCGGAACCGACGCUGGAACUGCUCCACACUGGACACGCUGCCCGUUUUCGGCAAGGUGGUAACGCAAGGUACUCGGGAGGCCGCCUUUGUCUACGCCAUCUCGUCGGCUGGUGUGGCUUUUGCUGUCACAAGAGCUUGCAGUAGUGGAGAACUGGAGAAAUGUGGCUGUGACCGGUCAGUACAUGGGGUCAGCCCAGAAGGAUUCCAGUGGUCUGGCUGCUCAGAUAAUAUUGCCUAUGGCGUUGCGUUUUCUCAAACGUUUGUAGAUGUGCGGGAAAGGAGCAAAGGUUCGUCAUCCAGUCGGGCGUUAAUGAACCUGCACAACAACGAAGCUGGUCGUAAGGCCAUUCUAAACAACAUGAGGGUGGAGUGCAAGUGUCAUGGGGUGUCAGGCUCAUGUGAAGUCAAGACCUGCUGGAAAGCCAUGCCACCUUUCCGAAAGGUGGGCAACGUACUGAAGGAGAAAUUUGAUGGGGCAACAGAAGUGGAGCAACGCAAGAUAGGAUCUACCAAGGUGCUGGUGCCCAAGAACUCCCAGUUCAAGCCCCACACUGAUGAAGACCUGGUCUACCUGGACUCCAGCCCUGAUUUCUGUGAGCAUGACAUGAAGAACGGAGUGCUGGGUACCACGGGACGGCACUGCAACAAGACUUCGAAGGCCAUCGACGGCUGCGAACUCAUGUGCUGCGGCCGAGGCUUCCACACGGAGGAGGUGGAGGUGGUGGACCGCUGCAGCUGCAAGUUCCACUGGUGCUGCUAUGUGAAGUGCAAACAGUGCCGCAAGGUAGUGGAGAUGCACACAUGCCGGUGAUGGGCUGUCACACCCACACACGCCAAUCCUCUCCUUCUUUUCUUCUUUCUUACCUAAUUUAUUGCCGACUCACUCAGAACUGUGGAGCCCACCUCAUCGGAAACCUGCUGCUUUGGGGGCUUUGAAAGGAUGGGAGUGGACUUCGGGACAAAUCCAAGAAUGAACAUUUAGAUUACAGUCCACAUGAGCACUGUGCCCACCUGUUCACCCGGGCGAGUCCGUGGUUCAAACUAGCGAGACCUGUACACUCGACAUGUUACAAUAAAGUCAUACAGACGUG